GUUGAGAAGCCUUUGUUUUAGCUUCUGGUGAAAAAGCAAGGGUGUUUCUUUCUGUGCAUUGUUACAGAAGAAAGGCAAAAAUUCUGGCUUUUGUUUGGACAUCAGGAAGAGAGAGAUAGAGAGAGAGAGAGAGAGAGAGAGAGAGGGGUGUUUGAACAGGAAGUCUCUGGGAAAGAGCAUUGACCCUCUCUAUCCAACGGUGGUUGUGUGUUCACACCUAGAAAUCCCUCUUUUCAGCCUCUUCUCUUCCAAAUUCCUUCCUUUUUUCCAUUAAAAUCCCUCUCAUACUCCAAUUCCAUCUGGGUCUCCUCCAUUUCUCCCAUCUCUCUCCCUCUCUCUCACAUCAUUCUUGGGUUUUUGUGCUGUUCCAUAACCCCCCGUUUUCCUCCAUAACUUGAUAAAAUCGUAAAUUUUCGGGAUUUUCUACAAAACCUCAUUUCAGUCUUACAAAGGAGUUGGGUUUCUUUCUUUUUCAAAGAUUUCAACCAUUUUCUAGAAAAGCUUGCGUUUUGAAGGGUUGGUUCUAUUUUCCCACGAUCUCUGUUUUCUUCUUCUUUGCUUCGUUUUCCGCCACUAAAAAGACCUUUUUAGCUCUUAUACGAAUUGGGUCUUCCUGAUUCUGGGGUUUUCAUCAACGGAUCGAAACAAAAUUGGGUUUUAAUUUUCUUUUUUUUUUUCUGCUUUCAUUGCUGCAAUUAUUUGAAAAAAAAGAAGAAAAGAACGAAGCUUUCAAGCUUUUAAUCCAUGGGGAAUUGCUGUGCGGUGCCACAUGGAGCUUCUACCGAAAAGAAGAAGAAAGGGAAGAAACAGAACCCUUUCUCAAUCGAUUAUGCCCCAAGCCAUGGCGGCGGACACAAGCUCUCAGUCUUGUCAGAUCCGACGGGUCGUGAUAUUGAGGCCCAAUAUGAGCUGGGCCGCGAGCUUGGGCGGGGCGAAUUUGGGAUCACGUACCUCUGCACCGAUAAAUCCUCCGACGAGGUCCUUGCCUGCAAGUCGAUCUCGAAGAAGAAGCUUAGGACUGCGGUUGAUAUCGAAGAUGUAAGGAGAGAGGUGGAGAUCAUGAAGCAUUUGCCGAAGCAUCCGAACAUCGUGAGCUUGAAGGACACGUACGAGGAUGACAAUGCCGUCCAUCUCGUAAUGGAGCUGUGUGAAGGAGGCGAGCUGUUUGAUCGGAUCGUCGCAAGGGGGCAUUACACAGAGCGAGCAGCUGCCGGUGUCACGCGCACAAUCGUUGAAGUUGUGCAGAUGUGUCACAAGCAUGGGGUGAUGCAUCGGGACCUCAAACCCGAGAACUUCUUGUUCGCGAACAAAAAGGAGUCAUCUCCGCUCAAGGCAAUUGAUUUUGGGCUGUCUGUGUUCUUUACACCUGGGGAGCGGUUUACAGAGAUAGUGGGCAGUCCAUAUUACAUGGCUCCAGAGGUGUUAAAACGAAACUAUGGCCCGGAGGUUGAUGUCUGGAGUGCUGGAGUGAUUCUUUACAUCUUGCUUUGCGGAGUGCCGCCUUUCUGGGCAGAAACUGAACAAGGAGUAGCGCAAGCAAUCAUUCGCUCUGUCAUAGAUUUUAAAAGAGACCCUUGGCCUAAAGUUUCUGACAAUGCAAAAGACCUUGUGAAGCGAAUGCUCGAUCCUGAUCCUAAAAAGCGGUUGACAGCUCAGGAAGUGCUUGAUCAUACUUGGUUGGUAAAUGCCAAAAAAGCACCAAACGUCCCUCUGGGGGAGAAUGUUAGGGCAAGGCUCAAACAAUUUUCAGUGAUGAACAAGUUCAAAAAGAGAGCUCUGAGGGUGGUGGCUGAACAUUUGUCUGUGGAGGAGGUGGCAGGCAUAAAGGAGAUGUUUCAAAUAAUGGAUAGCAACAACAAUGGCAAGAUUACACUCGAAGAGCUGAAAGUUGGCUUGCACAAGAUAGGCCAGCAGGUCCCAGAUCCUGAUGUCCAGAUGUUAAUGGAAGCUGCCGAUGUCGAUGGGAAUGGAACUCUCGAUUACGGAGAAUUCGUUGCCGUCUCAAUUCAUCUGAAAAAGAUUGGCAAUGAUGACCACCUCCGCAAAGCCUUCUCAUUUUUCGACAGGAACCAAAGCGGAUACAUCGAGAUCGAUGAGCUCACCGACUCCUUAGCAGAUGACUUGGGUUCAAACUAUGAGGAAGUCAUCAAUGCUAUUAUCCAUGAUGUGGACACAGACAAGGAUGGGCGCAUUAGCUAUGAGGAGUUUGCAACCAUGAUGAAGGCGGGCACCGAUUGGAGGAAAGCUUCAAGACAAUACUCGCGAGAGCGGUUCAAUAAUCUGAGCUUGAAGUUGAUGAAGGAUGGAUCUUUUCAGCAUCUAACCAGUGAGGUUCGAUGAUCGGGAAAAAAAAAAAACAAAACAAAUUGUGAAAAUUAAAAUCGAAAAUUCCUUUUUGUUGGGUUUAUAAAAUUCUUUUCUUUUCUUUCUUUUUUUUUUUAAAAAAAUGCUUCCUUUUGUCAUUUGGUACCUUAAAAAUUCUUUUCUUUUCUUCUCUCUCUCUCUCUCUUUUUUUUCCUUCUGUUUUUGCAUUAGUAGGGGAUUGAGUGAGGGGUGUGUUUUGAAUAUUGUAAUGUCUUGUUUUGUAACACUUCACUAAAAAAGGAGGGUGUGCAUGCGAAGAAAGGUGGGGUUAGUGAGAGUGGAUGUUAUGUUUGUAAAUAUAUCUGUUUGAGGACUCUGUUUUGUGGAUGUAAGCAAUCUUUAAGAAAUUGUAUGGUUGUGGAUGUAAGCAAUCUUUAAGAAAUUAUAUGGUUGUAAGCCAUUUUCGUGA